AUGGCAGCAGCAUCUUUAACACAGAAUUAUGCGUCGAUUGCUUCAUGUGCUCCAACGUUCAAAGCAAUCAAUAGUAAGGACAUAGGAUGGAAAUAUAAUCAUUUGAAGGAUUUUGAUAACAAGAAGAAGGAGACAUAUGAUUUUUGUAAUAUAACAAGCAGUGAGGGAAUAAGUAGAGCAAAAAGGCAUCAACUAGGAAUUCAGGAUGAUGUAGCUCUUCGCUUGAAAACACAUGAGGAUGUUAAGGUUAUGUUACGUGCUGCCAUGGUUGAGAAAGAGAGAAUUAAGAAAGGAAUACAAGAGGUUUUGAUGCAAUUAGAUACAGAUGAUACAAUUGAUAUUGAGGAAAUAUGUAGAAUUCGAACCAGAAAGAGGCUUGCAGAAAGUGAGACCUCUUCAAUGGUCGUCAUGAGGACUAAAGGGCCAUUGGCAAAUAUAAGAGCUUUUAAGUUGAUGUUGGAAGUCGUUGGAAGCUACGGUCCUCAUUUGAAACAGACAAGUUCUCUUGAACUUAGGGUUCCACUCCUUCAAAAUGAAUUGGAAUAUACAAAAGGCUUGUUGAAGAACCAAGAGGUGCAAAGGAAUAAAUAUGUUUGUUCAAUUAUGUCGGAUGAUUGGACGGAUAUAAAAGGUAGAACUUUGAUUAAUUUCUUGGUCAAUUGCCCGACAGGGACUAUGUUUGUAAAAAGUGUUGAUGCUUCUAACUAUGCCAAGACGGGGGUAAAGCUAGCCAAGUUGCUGGACACUUUUAUUGAGGAAAUGGGUGAAAAGAAUGUUUUUCAAUUGGUUACCGACAAUGGAAGUAACUAUGUAGCGGCGGGUAAAUAA